CACGGCCCCAUCUGAGGAGCGGCCAUUCAUCAGGCCGGCUGGCCUAUCAAUGACACCGCUCCCAUGGGGCUGCUAUAAAAUGAUGCUUUUUCCCAUGAAACAUCCGCAAACAUUUUGACGGGUCUGGCGCGGCCCGGCUGGAUUACCGAGUGUCCCCUCGCCGGCUGCUGCGGCUGCUUCCCCUGCCCUUGCUCUCCGCCUUCCCUCGCCUCUCCUCGCUCCUUCUCCCCUCUUUCUUUCCCUCGCCUUUGAUCCUCUUGCGCUCUCACUCUGCCCCGCGCUCUCCUCCCUCCCUUCCUCCCGGCCUCCCCGGCGUCUCUGGCACAGGGGAUCCCCAAACAUCGGGCUUUUCGGGGGGCGCCUGUGCUGCCCAUGGGAAGAGCAUGCAUUGUGGGUUACUGGAGGAACCCGACAUGGAUUCCACAGAGAGCUGGAUUGAAAGAUGUCUCAAUGAAAGUGAAAACAAACGUUAUUCCAGCCACGCAUCUCUGGGCAAUGUUUCUAAUGAUGAAAAUGAGGAAAAAGAAAAUAAUAGAGCAUCCAAGCCCCACUCCACGCCCGCCACACUGCAAUGGCUGGAAGAAAACUAUGAGAUUGCAGAAGGCGUCUGCAUCCCUCGCAGUGCCCUGUACAUGCACUACCUGGACUUCUGUGAGAAGAACGACACCCAGCCUGUCAAUGCCGCCAGCUUUGGGAAGAUCAUAAGGCAGCAGUUUCCACAGCUGACCACCAGGAGACUCGGGACCCGAGGACAGUCAAAGUACCAUUACUACGGCAUCGCGGUGAAGGAGAGCUCCCAGUACUACGACGUGAUGUACUCCAAGAAAGGAGCCGCCUGGGUGAGCGACACGGGCAAGAAGGAAGUGAGCAAGCAGACGGUGGCAUACUCGCCGCGCUCCAAGCUGGGCACACUGCUGCCCGAGUUCCCCAACAUCAAGGACCUGACCCUGCCGGCCAGUCUCCCCGAGGAGAAGGUCUCCACCUUCAUCAUGAUGUACCGGACGCACUGUCAGAGGAUCCUGGACACGGUGAUAAGAGCCAACUUUGACGAGGUUCAGAGCUUCCUCCUGCACUUUUGGCAAGGAAUGCCGCCCCACAUGCUGCCCGUGCUGGGCUCCUCCACCGUGGUGAACAUCGUCGGUGUGUGCGACUCCAUUCUCUACAAGGCCAUCUCCGGGGUGCUCAUGCCCACCGUGCUGCAGGCACUCCCCGACAGCCUGACGCAGGUGAUCCGGAAGUUUGCCAAGCAGCUGGAUGAGUGGCUGAAGGUGGCCCUGCACAACCUCCCAGAAAAUUUGCGAAACAUCAAAUUUGAAUUGUCCAGGAGGUUUUCCCAAAUCCUGAGACGGCAAACAUCGCUCAAUCACCUUUGCCAGGCAUCCCGGACGGUGAUCCACAGCGCUGACAUCACAUUCCAGAUGCUGGAGGACUGGCGGAACGUGGACCUGAACAGCAUCACCAAGCAGACCCUCUACACCAUGGAGGACUCCCGCGAGGAGCACCGAAAGCUCAUCAUCCAGCUGUACCAGGAGUUCGACCACCUGCUGGAGGAGCAGUCGCCCAUUGAGGCCUACAUCGAGUGGCUGGACACCAUGGUGGACCGCUGCGUCGUGAAGGUGGCCGCCAAGAGACAAGGGUCGCUGAGGAAGGUGGCCCAGCAGUUCCUCCUGAUGUGGUCCUGCUUCGGCACCAGGGUGAUCCGGGACAUGACCUUGCACAGCGCGCCCAGCUUCGGCUCUUUCCACCUCAUCCACCUGAUGUUCGACGACUACGUGCUGUACCUGCUGGAGUCGCUGCACUGUCAGGAGCGUGCCAACGAGCUCAUGCGGGCCAUGAAGGGCGAAGGCGGCAGUGCGGAAGUUGGUGAAGAGGUCAUCCUGACCGAGGCCGCCCCACCAACCCCUUCACCAGUGCCAUCGUUUUCCCCCUCAAAAUCUGCCACGUCUGUGGAGGUGCCGCCUCCCUCGUCCCCUGUCAGCAACCCGUCCCCCGAGUACACCGGGCUCAGCACUACAGGUGCAAUGCAGUCCUACACGUGGUCUCUGACAUACACAGUGACGACGGCUGCUGGGUCUCCGGCAGAAAACUCCCAACAGCUGCCCUGCAUGCGGAGCACUCAUGUGCCCGCCUCCUCCGUCGCACACCGGAUACCAGUUUACCCCCACAGAGAGGAGCAUGGGUACACCGGAAGCUAUAACUAUGGGAGCUAUGGCAACCAGCACCCACACCCGAUGCAGAGCCAGUACCCGGCCCUGGCCCACGACACGGCCCUCUCCGGCCCACUCCAUUACUCUGCAUACCACCGGAGCUCUGCCCAGUACCCUUUCAAUAGCUCCACUUCCCGGAUGGAGCCUUGUCUGAUGAGCAGCACCCCCAGGCUGCACCCCACCGCAGUCACUCCCCGGUGGCCAGAGGUGCCCACAGCCAACACGUGUUACGCGAGCCCACCUGUGCACUCCACGAGGUAUGGAAACUCUAGCGACAUGUACACGCCCCUGAGCACGCGCAGGAACUCCGAGUAUGAGCACAUGCAACACUUUCCUGGCUUCGCUUACAUCAAUGGAGAAGCCUCCACAGGAUGGGCCAAGUGACUGCUGUCAUAGGAAUCCAUAUUUAAUAUUAAUAAUUAAUAAUAAUAAUAAGCCCAAUACCCACCCUCCGGAAGACUCUCUCUCUCUCUCUUUCUAUCAUAGCUGGUGGGCUGGUCCUAGGCCCACUGUCCUUGUGAGCAGGAAGAGAUUCAGUACGGGAGGAAUAAAUGUUAGUUCAGAGCAGGUCUUACGAAGUCAGGGGUCCAGGGUCCCUUGGCUGUUUCUCUAGAGCACUCGCGGGGCAGGCUGACCGUGCCUUUUCCCGCUGUUCCCCCGACUCUGCUUGGUGUGGGUGACCCCUUCCUGUGGGCGACCCCUUCCUGUGGGCUACUUAUUUUCCUGCUGACACUGCGAAGCUCUUUAGUCUUGAAGGACGGAUCCUGGAGAGGGAGUCUGGGUUGUGUUCUUGCACGGGCACGUCAUUCGCCAAGGACAGCUGCCUUGCCACCUGUCAUCCCCCUCCUCCCAGUGGCGUCAUCACGGCUUCCUGGAGCGCCAGAGCUGAGGGAGGUGUCAGGGCCUAGCUCAGUCCCCUGCGCUGCUCAGGUCCCAGAAUGUGAGCGCUGUCUGAGGAGAGGAAGAGGCCUGCUCUGUGUUGCCUUAAGUGGAUCGAGGUCUGUAGGGGACCGGUUCUUCUAUGUACAAGGAUUUGUCCUGAAUUUGCACAAAGCUUAGUGUCAGCAAAAGGCAGGAGAGGGUUUCCCAAAGUUCUGUGAGAAUGUGAUUUAUGGCCUUGAGUAUCACACUCGGCUCUGCUGUUAACGUUCUGAAGCUGUUUGGACCAAACUUUAACUUAGCACGCACCAAGUGUGAAAACAGCUGUCAUAGUUUCUUCAUAAGACUAUAAUAAUUUCCGACACUUUGAUAGAAAACAAAUUCAAAGCUGUGCCUUUGAGCCUAUACUAUACUGUGUAUGUGUGGAAAUAAAAAAUGUGUUGUACUUUUGGAAAAAUUUUUUUUCGUAGGCAUUUUUCUGUCAGAUUUAUAGUAAUUUGUGAGGUUUGUUAGAGAUUAACAUAGGCUUUCUUUCUGUAUUAUAAAAUGCACCAAGCAAUUAUGGUGGACCUAUUACCCUAUGGGUAAGAAAUAAAUGGAAAUAUGACAUCGGAUAUUUUAGCAAGUGUUCUGUAAAUAAAAUCUUUGAUCACACCGCUCAGUGUGAUAAUCAUGUCUACAGCUAAAAUGGAAAUAGUUUUAUCUGUACAGUUGUGCAAGAUAUGAAUGGUUUCACACUCAAA